CCAUUUAACACCAUCAAUGACCACAAGAUUAAUGUUGAAAAUUAAUUUGUACUUGUGUUUGUGGUUUUAAAUUACCUGCAUUGUCCACAGAAAUAUGUCCCCCAAUUCAUUGAAAUUAUUAUCCAGGGAAGAUAAAAACAUGAUACGAAGCUCACCUCACUUUCAAAGAUGAAAUUCAUUUUACUGAUUCAUUUAUAGGCUCUACAGGCGCACACACACACACGCGCACACACACACACACACACACACGCACACACACACACACUCUCUCUCUGUCGGAUGCUUCUAAUGAGGACGAGCGAGGAGACGCGUGUCAGCACAGCGACAGUCGAGCCGAGGACAUGGAACCACGACACGGCGGCCGACUCCUUUCUCACCUUCCAGCGCCGCCAAGCGCGACCACGUCGAACACAAAUCCUCAGCGCUGAUAAUUACAACGCCGGCGUUGAGAGACAGAACCGAUCUGCUCCGGCGCCGGACCACCCGCAGCCUCUCCGUGGCUCAACGGAGGCAAAUCCCGGCGUCCGGGCCGCCCUGCAGGGGAGUGAAGGCCGCUGCGACGCCAGAAGCAGGAUGAUGUGACGUAAAACGUAAAACAUGAAAAAGGCAGAUUACUCACGUAAAAAAACUACUAUUAAUGUAGUAAUAUAGUUUAAAUGUUUCUGCAGCUCACAACCAGAAGAGGGUCCAAACACAUCACCCAGAAGGUGCUGAAUCCAGAGAUCCCCCGACCGUGUGAAUCUCCCCCGACCAGCAUGUCGCUGAAGGUCCACACCAGCAACGUGACCAACAAGACGGACCCGAAGUCCAUCAACUCGCGGGUCUUCAUCGGCAACCUGAACACGGCGGUGGUGAAGAAGUCGGACGUGGAGAGCAUCUUCUCGAAGUACGGCCGGGUCCUGGGAUGCUCCGUGCACAAGGGCUACGCCUUCAUCCAGUACGCCAGCGAGCGGCACGCCAUGGGCGCCGUGAUCGGGGAGAACGGCCGGCUGCUGGCGGGUCAGACGCUGGAUAUCAACAUGGCUGGAGAGCCGAGGCCGAGCAGACCCAAAGUCCUGAAGCGCUCAGCCGCGUCUCUCUACAGUGGCUACGAGCUUGACUGCGACUACUACAGAGACGACUUCUAUGACAGGUUGUUCGAGUACCACGGCCGGGUGUCUCCGGUCCCUCGGGCGCUGCCCGUCAAGCGGCCGCGGGCGGCGCUGCCCCUCGUCCGGCGGGUCAAAUCUUUGCCCGUCAGACUGCUGUCGCGUAACGCCUCCAUCUUCCCCGCCAGCAACAAGCAGAGACCGGUGAAAGGCGCCGAGCUUCAGGCCAUCAAGGCCGAGUUGACUCAGAUUAAAACCAACAUCGAAGCUUUGCUGGGCCGACUGGAGCAGAUCACAGAAGACACGCACAUCGCCUCCUCAGUUCAACCUGUGACGAAAUACCUGCUCAAGUAAAGUAAUCCUGCCAAUGGGAAGAUGGUGGGAA